AUGGCGCCUUCUCCGCGACCCCUCGCCCGGCCGCAGCCGCCGGGGAUGCUGCUCGGCGCGCUCCUGCCCCUGCUGCUCCUCGGCUCCCUUCCAGGAGUAUGGUGCUUUAGCGAACUGUUUUUUAUAAAAGAACCGCAGGAUAUAACUGUCACAAGAAAGGACCCAGUCAUUUUAGAUUGCCAGGCUCAUGGAGAAGUUCCUAUUAAGGUCACUUGGUUGAAAAAUGGAGCAAAAGUGUCUGAAAAUAAGCGGAUCCAGGUUCUGUCCAACGGCUCUUUAUACAUCAGUGAGGUGGAAGGCAAGCGAGGAGAGCAGUCUGAUGAAGGAUUUUAUCAGUGCUUGGCAAUGAACAAAUUUGGAGCCAUUCUUAGUCAAAAAGCUCAUCUUACCUUAUCAACUAUUUCUGCAUUUGAAGUUCAGCCAAUUUCUAUUGAGGUCCAAGAAGGUGGAGUUGCUAGAUUUGCAUGCAAGAUUUCAUCAAACCCUGCUGCAGUCAUAACAUGGGAAUUAAAUCGGACAAUUCUACCUGUAACUAUGGACAGGAUAACUGCCCUACCAACAGGAGUAUUGCAGAUCUAUGAUGUUGACCAGCAGGAUGCUGGAAAUUACCGUUGUGUUGCUGCUACUGUAGCCCACAGACGUAAAAGCAUGGAGGCCUCUCUCACAGUGAUUCCAGGGAAGGAGCCUAAGCCCUUCCACACACCAGCCAUUAUAGCAGGUCCACAGAACAUAACGGCAUCUCUUCAUCAGACUGUUGUUUUAGAAUGUGUGGCCACGGGAAAUCCCAAACCGAUCAUUUCUUGGAGCCGUCUUGACCACAAGUCCAUUGAUGUCUUUAACACUCGGGUGCUUGGUAAUGGUAACCUCAUGAUAUCUGAUGUCAGGCUACAACAUGCUGGAGUGUACAUUUGUCGGGCCACCACCCCAGGCACACGCAACUUUACAGUUGCCAUGGCAACUUUAACUGUGUUAGCUCCUCCUUCAUUUGUUGAAUGGCCAGAAAGUUUAACGAGGCCUCGAGCUGGCACUGCUCGAUUUGUAUGUCAGGCAGAAGGAAUCCCUUCACCCAAAAUGUCAUGGUUGAAAAACGGAAGGAGGAUACAUUCAAAUGGUAGAAUUAAGAUGUACAACAGUAAAUUGGUAAUUAACCAGAUUAUUCCUGAAGAUGACGCUAUUUAUCAGUGCAUGGCUGAGAACAGCCAGGGAUCUGUUUUAUCUAGAGCCAGGCUGACUGUAGUAAUGUCAGAAGACAGACCCAGCGCUCCCUAUAAUGUGCAUGCUGAAACCAUGUCAAGUUCAGCCAUCCUUUUAGCUUGGGAGAGGCCACUGUAUAAUUCAGACAAAGUCAUUGCUUAUUCCGUGCACUACAUGAAAGCAGAAGGUUUAAAUAAUGAAGAGUACCAAGUAGUCAUCGGAAAUGACACAACUCAUUAUAUUAUUGAUGACUUAGAACCUGCCAGCAAUUAUACUUUCUACAUAGUGGCAUAUAUGCCAAUGGGAGCCAGCCAGAUGUCUGACCAUGUGACACAGAACACUUUAGAGGAUGUUCCCUUGAGACCUCCUGAAAUUAGUUUGACCAGUCGAAGUCCCACGGAUAUUCUCAUCUCCUGGCUGCCAAUCCCAGCCAAGUAUCGGCGGGGCCAAGUGGUGCUCUACCGCCUGUCCUUCCGCCUGAGUACCGAGAAUGCCAUCCAAGUUCUGGAGCUCCCGGGGACCACACACGAGUACCUUUUGGAGGGCCUGAAACCUGACAGUGUCUACCUGGUGCGGAUCACUGCUGCCACCAGGGUGGGGCUGGGAGAGUCUUCAGUGUGGACCUCACAUAGGACCCCCAAAGCUACCAGUGUGAAAGCCCCAAAGUCUCCAGAGUUGCAUUUGGAGCCUCUCAACUGUACCACCAUUUCUGUGAAGUGGCAGCAGGAUGCUGAGGACACAGCAACCAUUCGGGGCUACAAGCUGUUCUACAAAGAGGAAGGGCAGCAGGAGAACGGACCCAUUUUCUUAGAUACCAGCGACCUUCUCUAUACUCUCAGUGGUUUAGACCCCAGAAGAAAAUACCAUGUGAGGCUGCUGGCUUACAACAACAUAGAAGAUGGCUAUCAGGCGGACCAGACAGUCAGUACUCCAGGAUGCGUGUCUGUCCGUGAUCGCAUGGUUCCUCCUCCACCACCACCCCACCACCUCUAUGCGAAGGCUAACACCUCAUCUUCCAUAUUCCUGCACUGGAGGAGGCCUGCGUUCACCACGGCACAAAUAAUUAACUACACCGUCCGCUGUAACCCUGUUGGCCUGCAGAAUGCUUCUUUGGUUCUGUACCUUCAAACAUCAGAAACUCACAUGUUGGUUCAAGGUCUAGAACCAAACACCAAAUAUGAAUUUGCUGUUCGACUACACGUGGAUCAGCUUUCCAGUCCCUGGAGCCCGGUUGUCUACCACUCCACGCUUCCAGAAGCACCGGCAGGCCCACCGGUUGGAGUAAAAGUGACGCUGAUAGAGGAUGACACUGCUCUGGUGUCUUGGAAACCUCCUGACGGCCCGGAGACGGUUGUGACGCGCUACACUAUCUUGUACGCAUCCAGGAAGGCCUGGAUUGCAGGAGAGUGGCAGGUCCUACACCGCGAAGGGGCAAUAACCAUGGCUUUGCUAGAAAACCUGGUGGCAGGAAAUAUAUACAUUGUCAAGAUAUCUGCAUCCAAUGAGGUGGGAGAAGGACCCUUUUCAAACUCUGUGGAGCUAGCAGUGCUUCCAAAGGAAACCCCAGAAUCAAAUCAGAGGCCCAAGCGUUUAGAUCCUGCUGAUGCCAAAGUUUAUUCAGGCUAUUACCAUCUGGACCAAAAAUCAAUGACCGGCAUUGCUGUGGGUGUCGGCAUAGCCUUGACCUGCAUCCUCAUCUGUGUUCUCAUCCUCAUAUACCGGAGUAAAGCCAGGAAAUCAUCUGCCUCCAAGACAGCACAGAAUGGAGCUCAACAGUUAUCUCGUACCGGUGCCUCCCUCACCAGCGGAAAUGAAAUGGGAAAGAACCUGGAAGGAGUGGUAGAAAAUGAAGAGUCCUUAAUGCCAAUGAUCAUGCCGAACAGCUUCAUAGACGCCAAGGGAGGAACUGACCUGAUAAUUAAUAGCUAUGGUCCUAUUAUUAAAAGCAACCCUAAGAAAAAAUGGUUUUUUUUCCGAGAUUCUAAGAAGAUAAAAGCUGAGCAGCCUCAAAGAAGAUUUACUCAAGCAGUCUGCUUUUACCAGCCAGGCACCACGGUACUAAUCAGUGAUGAAGACUCCCCCAGCUCCCCAGGUCAGACAGCCAGCUUCCCAAGACCCUUUGGUGGUGCGACUGAUACUGAGCAGUCAGCAAAUAGUGAAGGCAGCCACGAAACUGGGGAUUCCGGAAGGUUCUCCCACGAAUCCAGUGAUGAAAUACACCUGUCCUCAGUUAUAAGUACCACGCCCUUGAUCCCCAGUUCCUUCACUGGCAGUGAUUCAGGUGGGGAGCCCUCGAUGAGGAAGUGUGAAGACCCUGCAGUGCCGUCAGAUGCCGAGCAAACUCCCCCUUCAGUGCCGCAGCCACCACCUGCCAUGCUCUGCUUUGAUAAAAAGGAUUUUCCAAUCUAGACAGCCAUGUCCAGGUAUUCUCGCCUUUAAGUCUGUUCGAAGGACAAUGAACAGGGAGCCAAAGCCUUUUGUGAAAAUCUUGAUGUCUUUUUGGGUAUUUCACCUUUUUUGAAUGUGUUUUGUUUUUUAUCUUUAAGCUCA